CACCCAGUAAAUUUUUCUCUACAAAAAUCGCAUCAAAACCGACAAAUUUCUGGAUCAGAUCACGAACGGACGUGGGAGAUAAUCUCACAACACACACCCCAGAGGAUUGGAUUGGAUUGAAUCGAAACAAGUGAAAGCGAACUCUUCACACAUAAAAGCUUACCCACUUUGCUCUUGUUUUAAUGGCGGAUAUUUCGAGAACUCUCCAACUCAUCUCUAAUUUCUCCUCUCUAUCCCUUUUCAAACUUACCCUUUUCUUUAAACGCUCUCUUAUGGUUUCUUUCACCUCCCUUUCUUCUCUCUAGUACUCGUUUUCUUUUGCCUUGCUUUCUUCUUGUUGGUCUGAGUCUUUUGAGCUUGUGAUUUUGUGUUCCAAAAUGGCUGUUUCCAUGGCUUCAGUUUCUGUACAUUUGGUUGCUCAGUUAAGUUCUGGUAACAAGUUUAAAGCUUUGGAGCAUCCCAUGUUUAAAGUUUCUUGCUUUUCCCGUUUUGGUGAUAGGCCUCUUUGCAGUUCUCAUGGGAGGAGCAGGAGAUGGACAUCUUCGGUAACUACAAUAUUUCCACGAGCCUCAGCUACAGCCCUUGAGGAUGGAAGUAAUAGUGAGACUGACACAAUUCCGACACCUAAAGUCAUAAUAGACCUUGAUUCUGAUCCAGAUGCAACAGUGGUGGAGAUAACCUUUGGCAAUCGCCUUGGGGCUCUUCUUGAUACUAUGAAUGCACUUAAAAACCUUGGGCUGAAUGUCGUUAAGGCAAAUGUCUAUCUAGAUUCCUCUGGAAAGCACAACAAAUUUGCCAUCACUAACACUUCUACUGGUAGAAAAGUUGACGAUCCGGAGAUGCUUGAGGCAAUUCGUUUGACAAUUAUAAACAAUCUGCUUCAGUAUCACCCGGAAUCAAGUUCCCAGUUAGCAAUGGGUGUAGCUUUUGGCGUUGAACCACCAAAACAGCAGGUUGAUGUGGACAUAGCGACCCAUGUAAAUGUCUCUGAUGAUGGUCCUGAUCGAAGCUUGCUUUAUGUGGAGACAGUGGAUCGCCCUGGAUUAUUGGUUGAUCUUGUAAAGAUUAUCACUGACAUCAAUGUCGCUGUUGAAUCAGGAGAGUUUGACACUGAGGGGCUGUUGGCUAAGGCAAAAUUUCAUGUCAACUACAAGGGCCAAGCCCUCAUCAGGCCUCUCCAACAGGUUGUUGCUAAUAGUUUACGAUAUUUUUUGAGGCGACCAUCAACAGAGGAGGCAAGUUUCUGAGCUGUUGUUGAUGAUCCAAUUCACAAUUAUACACUCAAAUGAUUCUGUACUCCCAACAUGGAAUUAUAAAAUGUUGUCACUGUAAUGGCCUUGUAUAACCAAGACUUAUGGACAAUAAUCAAUAAAUCUGUGAUCUCUUAUUGUUAGAUUGAAACUGAUAUUUAUAUCGAAAAUUCUUCAA